CACAAACACACGAAGCAGACGAACAAGGACGACCGAGCAAGAAGCGAAACCGACACAUCCACAGCACCACAGCAGUGAGGGACUUCGACAGCUCUGCUCUGAGGCCUCCUCCCUCUUCUUCUCCGUCUUCGUCUCCCUCCCCCAUCUUUGGCAUCACUCCCGUAGUCGUGACAUCGAUCGUCCUUGCUUCGCCCUUGCUGUUCACGUCAGGCAGGAAGCAGCCGCUCGCCCAGUGUUCAACGGUUCCAUUGUUGCUGUUGAAUGUGAAUGCAGCCCGUCACUGGUAACAACCCACCACAACCACAGCCACCACCCCGUCGCCGCCCACACCUUUCACCUCCGACCUUUCUCCUCCAGUGCACCACCAUCCCACCGCCAACGCCACACUGGUCCUCACCACACCAUUGGGGAUGAGCAGGCGUCCGCCGAUACAGACGGCGCCAUCACGCAAGAUGGGACAAAUCGUCAAAUCCAGGCCACCACACGAGGCAGAAAGGCAGAAGCCAACAUGGCGUGGCCUCGACCUCGAACAAGCCGGGAUCGUGGCCAUCUCGCCGGCCCUGUUUCAGAUGCAGCACCUGACCCACCUGUACUUGGCCCGCAACAGACUCACAACCAUCAGCCCGGAGAUUCGACACCUGCGGGCGCUGAGGAUUGUUGACCUCUCCUACAACCGCCUGCGGUCCAUCCCGCCGGCCUUUGGCGACCUCACAGAGUUGAACGAGUGCAUGCUGUCUGGCAACGAGCUGUCCACACUUCCCUUUGAGUUUGGCAAGCUGUACCAGAUCAAGUUCCUUGCGCUGGACAACAACCCCUGGACAGAACCCAUUGCCUCGCACGUGGCAACCGGCACGGAGGCGCUCAUGCAGUGGCUUCUCGACCAGGCUCCAACUGGGCCGAGCCCGCCUGAUCGGGAGUGGAUUCAGCCAAAGGCCAUUUCCCGGGCCGCACUCCAGCCCUACGAGAGAGCCAAACGCGACAAAGUCAGCGUGUUUUGCUACAACAUCCUCUGCGACAAAUACGCGUCGCGCAACAUGUUCAAGUACUGUCCGUCGUGGGCGCUUGCGUGGGAGUACCGGAAAGGAAAGAUCCUCACCGAGCUCGCAAACUCCAAAUGCGACAUUCUGUGCCUGCAAGAGGUGUCCAAGUCUGAGUUUUACCAGUACUUUCUCGGGCAGCUGCAGAAGGAGGGCUACCACGGCGCCUUCAAGGUGAAGACGCGGGCCGCGUAUCAAGCUGACGAGACAAUUGACGGCUGCGCAACCUUCUACUCAACCAAAACGUACAAGAUGCUGUAUGAGCACGGCAUUGAUCUGCAACAGCUCUCCGUGGCCAACAGCAACGGCUGCAACACCGUCAUUGACAGAUGCAUGCCAAAGGACAACGUGGCGCUGUUUACGGUGUUUGAGCACGCUGUGACGAAGAAGCGCGUGUUUGUGGCCAAUCUGCAUUUGACGUGGGACCCCCACUUCAGCGACGUGAAAGUGGUGCAGAUUGUGCUCGCCCUCAAGGCAAUCAGGGAGUUUCUCCAGGAGAACAAGCUGCUCGACGUGCCUGUGAUGCUGAUGGGCGACUUUAACUCCAUGCCAGACAGCGGCGUGUACGAGUUCCUGGCCACGGGCAAGAUCAACCCGAACCACCCGGAUAUGCAAGGCUACGACUACAAGGCGUUUUUCGACAGCGUGGGCACAACGCACCCGUUCAAGCUGCGGUCCGCGUACACAACAGAGAUGCAGUACACAAACAAGACGGCAGGCUUUGUCGGCAUCAUCGACUACAUCUGGUACACGGAGGGGUCGCUGCUGCCGCAAGCUGUGUGGGGACCCGUCGACGAGUCAUACAUGGACCGGGUGUCUGGCUGCCCGAACCCCCAUUUCUCCUCCGACCAUCUUGCGCUCGGAGCCAAACUUUACUUGAAGUCCUGAACACACGCACACACACCACACGCACACGCACACGCACUCACGGGCGUGAAUGCACACCUUGUGUGUCUGCUGCGUGCUGGCAAUACCUGUGGUUGUGAAGGAGGGACGUGGAUACGCGAACCGGAAGUUGUUGUUGUUGUUGUUGUUGUUGUUGUUGUUGUUGUUGUUGUUGUUGUUGUUGUUGUUGUUGUUGUU